GCGCGGGGCCGGGGCGCGCGGAGACCCCAUCGGGACCCGGUGCUAUGGCUGCCACCGAGCGCCGCGCCUUUGCGCACAAGAUCAACAGGACGGUGGCCGCCGAGGUCCGGAAGCAAGUGUCCCGGGAACGGAGCGGCUCCCCCCACUCCAGCCGGCGCAGCAGCGGCUCCUUGGGGGUGCCCCUCACCGAGGUAAUCGAACCCCUGGACUUUGAGGAUGUGAUUCUGAGUCGACCCCCGGACGCUGAACCAGGGCCUCUUCGAGACCUCGUGGAAUUCCCAGUCGACGACUUGGAGCUGAGGCUGCAACCCCGAGAGUGUCGGACCACGGAGCCGGGAAUCCCCGAGGAUGGGAAGUUGGACGCCCAGGGGCGCGCGGCGGUGGAGGAGUACACGCAGGACUGGGUGAUUGCACACCGGAGGUACCAGUGUCUGAGUGCUGCCUACUGCCCUGUCACCACGGAGAAGCAGCGGGAACGCCAGAAAGGACUCACACGCCAGGUGUAUGAGCAGGACGCCUCUGCCGAUGAGAGGUCCGGCCCUGAGGACUCGGAUGAUCCCCGGCAUAGCUCAGGCUCCCCAGAGGACACCCCGCGAAGCAGCGGCGCCUCUGGCAUCUUUGACCUGAGGAAUUUGGCCGCCGAUUCUUUGCUGCCCAGCUUGCUGGAGCGAGCAGUGCCGGAGGAAGUGGACCGGCGGAAUGAAUCUCUACGACGGCAGAACCGGCCUCGCUCACUGCUCACCCUCUACCCAGCACCCGAUGAGGAAGAGGCAGUAGAACGCUGCAGCCGGCCAGAACCGCCACGGGAGCACUUCGGACAGAGGAUCCUGGUCAAAUGUCUGUCCCUAAAGUUCGAGAUCGAAAUUGAACCCAUCUUCGGCAUCUUGGCGCUGUAUGAUGUGCGGGAGAAAAAGAAGAUCUCAGAGAACUUCUACUUCGACCUGAACUCGGACUCCACCAAGGGGCUGCUGAAGGCCCAUGGCACGCACCCCGCCAUCUCCACCCUGGCUCGGUCCGCCAUCUUUUCCAUCACCUAUCCAUCGCCUGACAUCUUCCUAGUCAUCAAGCUGGAGAAGGUGCUGCAGCAGGGGGACAUCAGCGAGUGCUGCGAGCCCUACAUGGUGAUGAAGGAGGCGGACACAGCCAAGAAUAAAGAGAAGCUGGAGAAGCUGCGCCUGGCGGCCGAGCAGUUCUGCACCCGACUGGGCCGCUACCGCAUGCCCUUCGCCUGGACAGCCGUGCACUUGGCCAACAUAGUCAGCAGCGCCGGCCAGUCGGACCGCGACUCCUCCGACUCCGAGGGCGAGCGCAGACCGGCCUGGACAGACCGCCGCCGCCGGGGUCCCCAGGACCGGACAAAUAGUGGGGAUGACACCUGCAGUUUCUCUGGCUUCCGCCCAGCCACACUAACAGUCACCAACUUCUUUAAGCAGGAGGCUGAGAGGCUGAGCGACGAGGAUCUCUUCAAGUUCCUGGCUGACAUGCGGCGUCCAUCCUCCCUUCGGCGCCUGCGCCCCGUGACUGCUCAACUCAAGAUCGACAUCUCCCCAGCCCCCGAGAACCCCCACUUCUGUCUCUCCCCGGAGCUGCUUCAUGUUAAACCCUACCCAGACCCCCGAGGUCGGCCCACCAAAGAAAUCCUGGAGUUCCCGGCCCGAGAGGUCUACGCCCCUCACACCAGCUACAGAAACCUGCUCUAUGUAUAUCCACACAGUCUCAAUUUCAGCAGCCGCCAGGGCUCAGUGCGUAACCUGGCGGUCCGCAUCCAAUACAUGGCAGGCGAGGAUCCCAGCCAGGCACUACCGGUCAUCUUCGGCAAGUCCAGCUGUAGUGAAUUCACCCGCGAGGCCUUCACACCGGUUGUCUACCAUAACAAGUCCCCCGAAUUCUACGAGGAAUUUAAACUACGUCUCCCGGCUUGCGUGACUGACAACCACCAUUUACUCUUCACUUUCUAUCACAUCAGCUGCCAGCCCCGCCCGGGCACGGCGCUGGAGACUCCAGUGGGGUUCACGUGGAUCCCUCUCCUGCAACAUGGCCGCUUGCGGACCGGGCCCUUCUGUCUCCCCGUCUCCGUGGACCAGCCGCCCCCCAGCUACUCUGUGCUCACCCCCGAUGUGGCGCUGCCGGGCAUGCGCUGGGUGGAUGGUCACAAGGGCGUGUUCAGCGUGGAGCUCACAGCUGUGUCCUCCGUGCACCCCCAGGACCCCCACCUGGAGAAGUUCUUCACCCUGGUGCACGUCCUGGAGGAGGGGGCCUUCCCGUUCCGCCUCAAGGACGCGGUGCUGAGUGAGGGCACAGUGGAGCAGGAGCUGCGGGCCAGUCUGGCUGCCCUGCGCCUCGCUAGCCCAGAACCCCUGGUCGCCUUCUCCCACCAUGUCCUGGACAAGCUCGUUCGACUGGUCGUGCGGCCCCCCAUCAUCUGUGGCCAGAUCGUGAACCUGGGCCGAGGAGCCUUUGAGGCGAUGGCUCAUGUCGUCAGCGUGGUCCACCGGAGCCUGGAGGCCGCCCAGGACAGUCGUGGGCACUGCCCGCUCUUGGCGGCCUAUGUCUACUAUGCCUUCCGCCUGCCUGGCACUGAGCUCAGCCUGCCUGGUGGGUCCCCUGCCAUCACUGUGCAGCCCGCCACCCUGUCCCGGAGUUCUGGCCGCCCUGCGAGCCUGUACCUGGCCCGGUCCAAAAGCAUCAGUAGCAGCAACCCUGAUCUGGCUUUGGCACCGGGCUCGGUGGAUGACGAGGUUUCACGGAUUCUGGGCAGCAAGGCCGUGGACCGCUCGCACUCCUGGGUGAAUUCUGCUUAUGCUCCCGGAGGCAGCAAGGCUGUGCUGCGACGGGCGCCCCCUUAUUGUGGGGUAGAGCCCCGACAGGCCAUCGACCGCAGCUCUAAUCGCACCUCCUCCUACCUCGAGGGUACCUCCUCAGCCACCCAGCCGAGACUCACUGUGCCGAAGCUGCUACAUGAGGAGCUGGCCCUGCAGUGGGUUGUCAGCGGCAGCGCCGUGCGGGAGGCCGUCCUGCAACAUGCCUGGUUCUUCUUCCAGCUCAUGGUGAAGAGCAUGUCGCUGCACCUGCUCCUGGGUCAGAAACUUGACACGCCUCGCAAACUUCGCUUUCCUGGGCGCUUCCUGGAUGAUAUCACCGCUCUGGCAGGCUCUCUGGGCCUGGAAGUCAUCACUCGAGCCCAUAAGGAUGCAGAGCUGGCCGAGCGCCUCAAUGCCAGCCUGGCCUUCUUCCUCAGUGACCUGCUGUCCCUGGUUGAUCGUGGCUUCGUCUUCAACCUCAUCAGGGGCCACUACAAGCAGGUGGCCACGAGGUUGCAGUCGUCCCCCAAGCCCGGCACACUACUCAACCUGCGCAUGGACUUCACCCGCAUCUUGUGCAGCCAUGAGCACUACGUGACCCUCAACCUGCCCUGCUGCCCGCUGUCGCCACCAGCCUCGCCCUCGCCCUCUGUGUCCUCCACCACCUCCCAGAGCUCCACCUUCUCUAGCCAGGCCCCCGACCCCAAGGUCGCCAGCAUGUUCGAACUUAGCGGCCCCUUCCGACAGCAGCACUUCCUGGCUGGGCUUUUGCUCACAGAGCUGGCUCUAGCACUGGCCCUGGAGCCCGAGGCAGAGGGGGCACCCCUGCUGCACAAAAAGGCCAUCAGCGGGGUCCACAGUCUGCUGUGUGGCCAUGACGUGGACCCCCGCUAUGCUGACCCCACCGUCAGGGCCCGAGUGGCCGAGCUGUACCUGCCACUUCUGGGACUCGCCCGGGACACGCUGCCAAGACUGCACGACUUUUCCGAGAGUCCAGGGCAGCGGUCGAGACUGGCCUCCAUGCUGGACUCGGACACUGAGGGGGAGGAGGACUUCGGGAGCACCAUCAACCCAUCCAUAGCCAUGGCCAUCGCAGGGGGCCCCCUGUCCCCUGGAUCUCGAGGGAGCAUUGCCCAGGGCCCUGGGUCGGCUGCCCGUGCAGGCAGUGCCCUCCCGGCCGAAUCCAGCCGCUCGCUCCUGGUGUGCGUCCUCUGGGUGCUGAAGAACGCUGAGCCUAACCUCCUGCAGCGCUGGGCCGCUGACCUGGCGCUCCCACAGCUCGGCCGCCUCCUGGACCUGCUCUACCUUUGCCUGGCUGCCUUUGAGUACAAGGGGAAGAAGGCCUUCGAACGGAUCAACAGCCUCACCUUCAAGAAGUCACUGGACAUGAAGGCGCGGCUGGAGGAGGCCAUCCUGGGCACCAUCGGGGCACGGCAGGACAUGGUGCGCCGGAGCCGCGAGAGGAGCCCUUACGGGCCCCAGGAGAACGUCCGCUGGCGGAAGAGCGUCACGCACUGGAGACAAACGUCAGACCGCGUGGACAAAACCAAGGAGGAAAUGGAACACGAGGCCUUGGUGGAUGGGAACCUGGCGACAGAGGCGAGCCUGGUGGUUCUGGACACUCUAGAGAUCAUUGUGCAGACGGUGAUGCUGUCAGAGGCCCGGGAGAGCAUCUUGGGGGCAGUCCUGAAGGUCGUACUUUACAGCCUGGGAAGUGCCCAGAGUGCCCUCUUCUUGCAGCACGGGCUGGCCACACAGCGGGCGCUCGUGUCCAAGUUCCCAGAGCUGCUGUUCGAGGAAGACACGGAGCUGUGCGCUGACCUGUGCCUGAGACUCCUGCGACACUGUGGCAGCCGCAUCAGCACCAUCCGCACGCACGCCAGCGCCUCCCUCUACCUCCUCAUGCGCCAGAAUUUCGAGAUCGGCAACAACUUCGCCCGCGUGAAGAUGCAGGUGACCAUGUCCCUCUCGUCCCUGGUGGGGACCACCCAGAACUUCAGCGAGGACCACUUGCGGCGGUCUCUAAAGACCAUCCUCACAUACGCGGAGGAGGAUGUGGGCCUGCGGGACAGCGCCUUUGCCGAGCAGGUGCAGGACCUGAUGUUUAACCUGCACAUGAUCCUGACGGACACUGUGAAGAUGAAGGAGCAUCAGGAGGACCCCGAGAUGCUCAUUGACCUCAUGUACAGGAUUGCCAGGGGCUACCAGGGCUCCCCAGAUCUGCGACUGACAUGGCUGCAGAACAUGGCAAGCAAACACGCAGAGCUGGGCAACCAGGCGGAGGCUGCGCAGUGCAUGGUACACGCAGCUGCGUUAGUGGCCGAGUACCUGGCGCUGCUGGAGGACAGUCGCCACCUGCCCGUGGGCUGCGUCUCCUUCCAGAACAUCUCGUCCAACGUGCUGGAGGAAUCUGCCAUCUCCGAUGACAUCCUGUCUCCCGACGAGGAAGGCUUCUGUUCUGGGAAGCAUUUUACUGAGCUGGGGCUGGUGGCACUGCUGGAGCAGGCAGCCGCCUACUUCACCCUGGGCGGGCUGUAUGAGGCCGUGAAUGAAGUGUACAAAAAUCUUAUCCCUAUCCUGGAAGCCCACCGCGAUUACAAGAAGCUGGCGGCCGUGCACGGCAAACUGCAGGAGGCUUUUACCAAGAUAAUGCACCAGAGUUCCGGCUGGGAGCGAGUCUUCGGGACCUACUUCCGAGUGGGUUUCUACGGCUCCCGCUUUGGGGACCUGGAUGAGCAGGAGUUCGUGUACAAGGAGCCAUCCAUCACCAAGCUGGCCGAGAUCUCCCACCGGCUGGAGGAGUUCUACACGGAGAGGUUUGGGGAGGACGUGGUGGAGAUCAUCAAAGAUUCCAACCCGGUGGACAAGAGCAAGCUCGACCCCCAGAAGGCCUACAUCCAGAUCACCUACGUGGAGCCCCACUUUGACACCUACGAGCUCAAAGACCGCGUGACCUACUUCGACCGCAACUAUGGGCUCCGAACCUUCCUCUUCUGCACCCCAUUUACGCCCGAUGGCCGUGCGCACGGGGACCUAGCCCAGCAGUACAAGCGCAAGACGCUGCUGAGCACCGACCACGCCUUCCCCUACAUCAAGACGCGCAUCCGCGUGUGCCACCGGGAGGAGACGGUGCUGACCCCUGUGGAAGUGGCCAUCGAGGACAUGCAGAAGAAGACUCGGGAGCUGGCCUAUGCCACCGAGCAGGACCCACCCGAUGCCAAGAUGCUGCAGAUGGUGCUGCAGGGCUCCGUGGGACCCACAGUGAACCAGGGUCCCCUGGAGGUGGCUCAGGUGUUUCUGGCCGAGAUCCCAGAAGACCCCAAGCUCUUCCGACAUCACAACAAGCUCCGACUGUGUUUCAAGGACUUCUGCAAGAAGUGUGAGGACGCCCUUCGGAAAAACAAAGCACUGAUCGGACCCGACCAGAAGGACUAUCACCGAGAGCUGGAGCGCAACUACUCACGGCUGAAAGAGGCGCUGCAGCCCCUGCUUGCCCACCGCCCACCGCAGAUGCUGGCACCCCCGGCUGCUGGCCUCAGAAACACCUUGAACAGAGCAAGUUUCCGGAAAGCGGAACUCUGAGCCUGUCCAGCAUUCAGCUCAAGUCACGCCCCAGGGGUGGUCCCCAGCACCCCCUUCGUCACCUCGAAGAGUUGCCUGCUGGAUUCUGGGCCUCUUUCCUAUGUCCGUCCCUGUUCCCCUUUGUACACUGAGUUUAUCUUUUUUUUUUUUUUUUAAUUUAAAGUGGGUUUUCUAAGCA